UAUGAGGAUUCAUCUAUUUUAAGGGUGACAGAAUAUAUUUGCACACUGAGGCAAUAAGGAAGAAGUCGGUCUUUAAGAGGCUCCAGAGGAAUAAACAACCUGGAUUUGCACUCACAUCAUCAUCAUCCUCCUCAUCAUCAUCAUCCGAUGAGGGAAGACAGAUAAGAAAAUGGAAGUGUAUUGUAAGGCGCUGCCGGGACCACAGGAGAAAUUCAUACUCCUCAUCUUGUAUCUUCAUCUGUGGUACAGGCCUAUAGCUGAAGCAAUUCAUCCGGACUGCGCCAUCAUCUCACAGCACCUCAGGGCUCGGGAGGUUUGCAGCCAGACGAGGAGGAGCGAAGCGCAAAACCAGAGCGACCACAGCGGAUGUAAUACAGAGUGGGAUGAGAUUGGCUGCUGGCUGAGAGCUGAAGUCGGGCAGGUGGUCAAUGUGUCAUGUUCUGAUGUCUUCCAGCAUUUCUCCAGCAAUCAAGGGUAUGUUUACAGGAACUGUACGGUUGACGGCUGGUCAGAAAUGUAUCCACCCUACGAGGAGGCCUGUGCUUUCAGUGACGACAGCGAGCCUGAAUCUGAGACGAGUUACCUCUCCACGUUCAGACAGGUCUACACUGUGGGCUACGCCACCUCGCUCAUCUCCCUCAUCACAGCCAUUGUGGUGUUCACAGCCUUCAGGAAGUUCCGCUGCACCAGAAACUACAUCCACAUCAACCUGUUCUCCUCCUUCGUCCUGAGAGCCAGCGCUGUUUUCAUUAAAGACACCGUGCUGUUCGCUGACGAGACCCUGGACCACUGCUCCGUGUCCACGACAGCGUGCAAGUCAGCCGUGGCUUUCUUCCAGUUCAGCAUCCUGGCCAAUUACUUCUGGUUGCUGGUGGAGGGCAUGUAUCUGCAGACGCUGCUCGCCCUGACCUUUGUCUCUCAGAGGAAAUAUUUCUGGUGGUACAUCCUGAUUGGUUGGGGGCUCCCGUCAACGGUUCUCAUACUUUGGGUGUUGACCAGAUUCUUCUAUGAUGAUAGAGGUUGCUGGGAUGACACAGAAAAUGUUGCAAUCUGGUGGAUUAUUAAAGGACCAAUAACAGCCUCGCUGCUGGUUAACAUAGUCAUCUUCAUCAACGUGAUCCGGAUUCUGGUUCAAAAGCUUAAAUCCUCAGCCAUGGCCGGGAACAAUGACACCGGACACUUUAUGAGGCUGGCUAAAUCCACCCUUUUCCUCAUCCCUCUGUUUGGGAUGCACUACACAGUGUUUGCCUUCCUGCCUGAGAACACUGGAAUGGCAGCCAGACUCUACAUCGAACUCGGGCUGGGAUCCUUUCAGGGUUUUGUGGUGGCACUGCUUUACUGUUUCAUGAAUGGAGAGGUCCAAACAGAGCUGCGGAGAUGGCUGUGGAAGUGUCACAAUCAAAACCAUCUCACCCCAGCCAAGCGAAGUAUCACUCAGAUCACAGUUCGAGCCCGCGGGGGGCUCAAGCGGCCUCCUUCUAGCGGCAACAUCUCCUCAGUAUGAUUUUUAAGAGACCAUCCAUGAGAGGAAAGUUGUUGUGAGAAUAUCACGCAAAGAGGAAGUCCUCAAACUCAACCUGCUGAUGACAUUAAUUCAACAACCCCUCCAUGAGAGGAGUGUAGUGAUUACAGAAAUGUUGCGCCGGGAUGAAUAACAUCAGUGUCAGCAGCAGUUAGAAUGAUGACAUCACACAUUUCUGAGCUAAAUCACAGUGUCUUCUAUCAUGUGUGCAACCAAAAAAAUACUAAAAAGUAAAAGGACACUGGUGCUUUUGUAAGGAUGUCAUGGUGACGCUGUGAAAAAGAGCACAGCAGAGACAGAGCUGGCCCAGAACCUGCAGGAAGAUGAUUUCACAUGCUUGUGUUUACAGUUUGGAGUACAAAAAUGAGCAAAUGUUUGAGGGAUUAUAUAGAGACAGCUGUGGAAACAAUGGCUGUUUGAACUUGGCUAAAUUAUGUGAGACAAGCUUGACUUGUCUAAUUGUUUUAUGCAGCACUCAACAGAAGCAGUUUUUAGUGCGGGCUGAAAAUAUGUGCGGGGUUGAUAUGAACCGAAUGUGCAAAUUGAUUUUUUUGUGCAGCAAUUCAGCUGCUGCUAAAGAGAAAAUUUCAAUCAUGAACAUGCAGAGGAACCUGAGCGGAUGUAUUUAAGGCUGUGUGUUUGCCUGUGUGUGUGAAGCUGCCACAUAUUGGUACAUCAUGUCUUAAAAAACUAAUUAUUUGGAGGAGCUGUCUGCUUUGAUGAGCCAUCUUUGAAAUAUUUGUGAAUAUUUAUGAGCUUGUUUCUUCCUUCAUCUGUCACUUUUUAUGCUGCUGCCAGAUGUGAUAAUCUGAUUUUUUUGGCACAUUUGUUGCACUGAAGGAGAAACCAAAUUGGUACAAAAAAAGAUGCCAGGCAUUUACAGGGUAAGGUGGCAUCAAAUUGGUUCUGUGUGUGUAUUUAUAUCUGGCAUUUGUUUAAGCUCAAGAUUUUGCCCAUAUGCAAGUGACUGCCCAAAUUUAUAGCCAGAAACAAAACAAAACAAAAAAACAAAAACACCAAGACAUUCAAGCUCUGGCCAUGUCCACAUGGAGACGAGAUUAGGUGUAUCCGCAAAGGUUUUUUAUUGUAUAGACCUUUCGUAAACAUGGAACCAGCGUUUUAGGAGCCCAGUACGCCAACUUUUGUAACCGGGUCCCAGAAUGAAAAAAUCUGAAGACGCCACCUUCGCAUUUCCGUAUUUACAAUAUAGUACGCCUCUUUUCUGAAGCGAUGAUGCCAUAACCCCACCUCUCCCUUAACCCGCAUGCACUAGGCGUAAAGGCGCCACAACAACAAUGGCUGACUACGCAGUGGUUGCAUUUGUGCUAGUUUUGUAAUCAAGUGUGACUCUAAGUAGCAGCUCUACCUCGUCGUCAGUCCAUAUAAAGUGAGCUCCUCUGGCGUUUGUAUUUUUCCGCCAUCUUCUUCUUCAUGUUUGUUUACUUCGCACGAUUUUUAUGCGCAUGCUCCAUUUCUUAUUCUCUGUUUUUGGUGUACUUUGUGGCAGCGUUGCAGCGCCACUCACAGGCCUUGUAUAUGUACUACAGCCUUUUUAGUGGCUUCAUGUUUACGUACACAUAUCUUGAGACGAUUCCGUGUUUAUGGAAAACUUUUAAAAAACGAAAUCGGUUUCGUCUUCGUGUGGAUAUGGCCUCUGUCUGUAGCUGCCGAAUCUCUGUGCUGGGUAUCGUCACAACCCAAUCACUUAAAAAAUAGCAUUGUAGGUUUCUUCAAACCACAUUACACACAUUACAUUUGUAAGUUAUGAUAAAACAGAUACAUAGACGCUUUUAAUUUCAACAACAAUGUGGUUAGGUUCAGGCAAAGAUCACAUUUUGACAUAAAAUAUCUGGUCUGGGGGGCAGGAAGGCAGCGAUGUCUCAGCAUAAAACAGCCAUGUUAGUGUCUGAUGCCUUGUUUCAACAGUUUACACCUCUAGUGUUUAAUGCAAAGAAGUGUGAAAGAUAAAACGUCACAGGGGAAGUGGGAGAAAAGUUGAUCUGAGUGUUUUUUACCAUCUGAUCUUGUGGGAUAUCCACAUGGAGCAGCACUGAGACAAAAACAGGACCAAUAACGUAUGGUGACAAAUGAGUGAUGAGGUUGGUCUGUCAGGUGUGUAGCCAGUUUUCUAAAACAUUUUGUUGAAAGACGUAUGAUCCAUUAUGCAUGCACUCUAUGUAGUAACUUUUUUAACAAAACAAAAUAUCUAAACCAUCCACUGAGGUGUGAACGGGCGAACUUGUUCUGGAUACGUUUUCUGGGAUAAGAAUAAACCAGCGUCCAGUGUGCUUUAUCUCUUUGGAUUGGGCGAGCCAUUUAUUCUCAACACAUGCUCACCCUUACAUAGCGGGGCAACAGCAUUGUGCAUAUUCAACCUUUAUUCCAUUCAGCAAAUUCAGUUUUCCACGCUGAUACUUGAUGCUUACAUGACAUGCUUCAGUAACACGGUCAAAAACUGUUCACUUCCUGUUCCACACACCUUAUUCCCAUUACCUGGAGCUUACCAAUAUGCACUUUAAACAUGGAUGCUUCACCCUGUGUUCAGUUUAAUAACUGCAUGAGUAUAUUUAUAUUUACCUUGUUUAGAUAAGGAUAAAAUAAACAAACAAAAACUAUAUGAUGGCUCCAACACUCUACUGAUUUAUAAUAAUACCUAGAUACUGGAUGCCAAGAUGGAUGCCUGGGUUUACUUACCACUGGCUCUGGCUCCACCCACUUGGCUCAUAGACUUUACAUCAUUAUGACAUCACAGGUUUUUAAGUUGCUUUUCUCAGCUCAAGGUUGUCAAAGUUUGACAAAAAAAAAACCUCCAUGGAUCAGAAACGGAUAACAGAUUGAGUUAUGAUAGACCUUGUUUGCAGUUUGAGGUGUCUUGUCAACAGUUUCACAGACAUCUCUUUGACAAUGGUGGACUAUGGGUCAAAUGCUUUUUGGGACACAGGGGAUGUCUUGCAGCAAUACAUGAGGGGCCAGUGGGAAAAAUGUUCCUGGGGGCCUGCUACGUUAUGUUACACUGGUAGCAUUGUUACGCCCAUCCUUGGGUCGUCCUAUGGGACAAAUGAAACUCCACCACUGACCCAAUAUAACCAUGUAAGACAUCUUUAAAACACUCAGCAAGCAAACAAGACAAGGGAAAUUUUGGGCUGAGAGGCAACAGGGCCAGUAGUCCCCACACCAGUGUCCUUUCUCCUCUGCUGGCACAGGAGCCCUUGAGCACCUCCUCCAUGCCAGGUGCACUGCACCUUGUUAAGUAAUGCAGCACACCUGGGCAGAUCUACAGUGGAGGGAAAAGGGACAGCAGCACAGAACAUAACGCAUGUUACUGAUGUUAGCUGGCUAAACAUGCUGUCGAACUUUGCACUUUGAAAAAAUGUAUAAAUAGAGCUGCAUUCAUCAAUCUGUUAGCAAAGUUGUUUUUGUGCUAACUUCCUGUGGUACAAUGCAUCCCGU